UGGGGGCGCUCGCGCCGCGCGCACAUACCGCGAGAGCGCGUGAAGGCGGAAGCGCAGUCUGCAGGAUGCGGCUCCUGGUGGCGUUGCUGCUGCUGAGCUUCGUGGCGGCGGGAGCCUACUCUGGGUCCGCGCAGCUCCAGCCUCCGCCUCCCGGAUCUGGCGCGGAGGCCUCAGGGUCUGAAGGCAAGGCGGUUCAGCCUGGCAUCUCCUCGGCGGACUCUGCCGCCGCGCGGGGCGCGCCACCUAGCCAGACGCAAUCAGAACCUGCAUCCGGAAGUCACACCGCUGCAUCGAACUCAGCCUCUCCAGCUGGUCCUUCGAAGGAACAGUCUGACGUGAAGACUCGAAACCCUUCAUCCCAGGAUCACCCUGACACGUCAGGCCAAGAGUCUAAGGCUGUAGCAGAGAAUCACUCAGGUCAAAAUCCCUCUGACACGGGGAAGAGUUCUGACCCCAGGGGACAGCCUGUCCCACCAGAGCAAAAUACUGUAGACAUGGCUCACCCUAGCCAGUCGGGGCAGGAACACCAGGCCAGGGAGGAGCAGAAAGCCCGACCUGACGGUCAGCAGGCCACGGGGGAGCAGAAAGCCCGACCUGACGGUCAGCAGGCCACGGGGGAGCAGAAAGCCCGACCUGACGGUCAGCAGGCCACGGGGGAGCAGAAAGCCCGACCUGACGGUCAGCAGGCCACGGGGGAGCAGAAAGCCCGACCUGACGGUCAGCAGGCCACGGGGGAGCAGAAAGCCCGACCUGACGGUCAGCAGGCCACGGGGGAGCAGAAAGCCCGACCUGACGGUCAGCAGGCCACGGGGGAGCAGAAAGCCCGACCUGACGGUCAGCAGGCCACGGGGGAGCAGAAAGCCCGACCUGACGGUCAGCAGGCCACGGGGGAGCAGAAAGCCCGACCUGACGGUCAGCAGGCCACGGCGGAGCAGAACACUCAUUCUGAAAAAGAUCAGUCAGAUAAACAGCACCAGCCCCUAGAAGAUGCCUCUGCCAUGAUACCCCAGCAGAAGGGGGACGGGAAAUCUUCAGAGCCUGUGGAAGAUGUGGGGCUCACGGAGGCCGGGGACGGUGAGCCCAGGCCCCAGGAGAAAGGGGUCCCUUUGGAUUCUGUGAGUCAGGAGAAGGAUGAGCUCUAUAAAGACAAUCUCGGGGCUCCCAGUGCUGAGAGUAGCCACUUCUUUGCCUACCUGGUGACCGCAGCCCUUCUUGUUGCUGUCUUCUACAUUGCUUAUCACAACAAGCGGAAGAUCAUUGCAUUUGUCCUGGAAGGAAAAAGAUCCAAAGUCACUCGGCGGCCAAAGGCCAGUGACUAUCAGCGUUUGGACCAGAAGAUUUGAUUUUUGUGUCCUUGACAACGUCGUCCUUCCUGCUGAUUUGUUUCUAAAAUCAAGAGAAAUGAAGAGAAAAGAAAAAAAACUGUGCCCCCCGCGCCGUGUCUGAUGGCUGAGGCCGCGUGGUCGCUUCAGCCUGGCAUCUGCACUUUGGUGACCUUGUACUUGUGUGCUUGUGUAGGCCCUUUAUGUGUACUGGUUUUCUCACAUCCUGCCCGCCUCGGGUGUGCGGAGACGGAGCCUGUGGGGACCCGGCUCUGACCACCAGGAGCACCUCCUAUGGGCUGUGCUGUCAAGCUGUUCUUGAGAAUGGCGCUAUGCUCCACACUCCACAUGGUCUCUUUAUAAACCCAGGAGAAAACUCUGCCACUUGAGGUGCUUUGAAUACCUCUCUGAGGAGAUGUGCCCUAUAAAUGAUGUCGAAAAUACUGACGGGCAAAGGCCUCUGGAGCGCGCUGGCAGCAGGCAGGAACCGCUUUGAGGCCAGGGAGAUGACUCAGAGGGAUGGAGCGCACGCUUUGCAUGAGGGAGCCCCAGGUUUGAAUCUUGACACCACAAGCACCUUUGGGAUCCACCCUCUGAGCCGGGAGUAGCCCUGGCUCCUUUGAGUCUGGCCUUAAGCCAAAAGUAAGUAAAAGGAGUAGCUUAAAAAAAUUUUUUUUUUCUUUUCUAUUGCUUGCAAGAGUCAGUCUAUCUAGCCUGAGUUCUUCACUUUUUCCAGGUAUUUUUUUACCAGUUAGGGCAAAGUGAAUCAACUGCUAUUUGAUAUACUGAGCAUAAGCUGAACUUUGGAAUUCUGGGAGAAAAAAAUUCUAGGAGAAAAGCUAUUCUCUUGCAGUAUUUUUCCCCAAGUACUUUUUUUUUUUUGCUUUUUGGGUCACACCCUGUGAUGCACAGGGGUUACUCCUGGCUCUGCACUCAGGAAUCACUCCUGGCGGUGCUCAGGGGACCAUAUGGGAUGCUGGGAUUCGAACCCAGGUCGGCUGCGUGCAAGGCAAACGCCCUACCCGCUGUGCUAUCACUCCAGCCCCCCCCCCAAGUACUAUUAUCGCUAUUGGAAAAACUUUUCUCCAUACUCUCAACCACAAUAGAAACUUCAUGUUUUUGUUUGGCGGCCCACUGGGUGGUGUACCUGCCUGUGUGCUCGGGGCCAUAUGUGAUGCCGGGGGUCAGACCCGGGCCGGCUGUGUGAGAUGCCCUACGUGCUGUGCUAUCACCCGACCCUUGAAGCUUUCUGAGAAAUGUAGGUUUGUGUUUCUUUAAAGAAAACCUGUAGAAGGGUGUGGGUUUGGGUCUACAUUAUUUUUUCAAAGGACCUACCUUUUUGAAACGGGUUUUCCACAGAUUCUGACCUCAGUCUAAUGUCCUCUUUGAAAAUGCCAGGGAUAAAUUAGUAAAACUUCUGCUUCAUGUGUUAAUAAAAUUUAAGAAAUUCUGAGAGUUCCCUCCCAGGGUACCUGAGGAGAGUGUCUUGGAUCAUUCUAUUCAAUUUUAUUUAAAUCCCUUCUAGCCUGGAAACCCUUUUAUAGGGUACCUAAAGAAAGGUGUUUUGUUUGUUGUUGCUAAAAAGAAUAGCUGAUCUCAGGGAAAUAGAAGGAAUGUGGGAGGUUGGAGGAACAUUCUGAAUUCUUUGCUGUUGAAGAGGAGACCACCCUGUCCUCAAUUUUUUCCUACUUAAAACAGCCCAAGACUUUUAAUGGAGAUAUUCUUUAUCUGCAGUUAACCUUUUUAGAGCUAAGGAAUGCGUGAAUGAGUAUCUUUCUUGGCAUCAUUCUCUGCUCAUGUAACCAUUCGUAGGCGUCUCCUAUCAGACUGACAUUUCCUAAUACCAUGGUUACUUUAUUUUCUCCCCUUUAUUUCUUCCUCUAAUACUUUGCCGGUCUGCUCUGGCACCUUCCCUUCUGCCUUCCUCCCUUCCCAUCCAUCUGUUACUCAUUGUGCUCUUCAGUUUCUCCAGCAGGUGGUUUCCAUUGCCCUGCUAGUCAGUUCUUCAUAAUCUUUAUUUUUGUUUGUUUUGUUUUGGGGCCACACCCAGCAGUGCUCAGGAAUUACUCCUGGCAGUGCUCAGGGGACCAUAUGGGAUUCCAGGGAUCGAACCCAGAUUGGCCAUGUGCAAGGCAAACGCCUUAUCCACUGUACUAUCUCUCCAGCUCUCUUCAUAGUCUUUACAAUCUUUGUUCCUUGCUUUUCUCCAAAUAGCAUUUUCCUAAAAGCUGAUCACCAAAUCAUCCAGUGGUUGGUUCUCAAAUUUAGUAUUGUUCUUAAUUAGGUAUGCUCUAUCAUCCAAAUUGAAAUUUUCCUAAUUUUGGUUUUACUGCUACAUUGUCCAACUCCUUUGCCUUGUCCUGUGCUAACAGGGAAAGAACCCUCAAAGGCAGGUCCCUCAAUUACUGUCUCAACCUUCCUCCUAGCUGAUUUCCUGUCUGGAUUUCUAAGAAUCCAGUCCUGGUAUGUGCUCAGUGCUGCUUCUCUGUCCCUAGACAGAAUUUCUCUCUUCUAUCCAUGAGCUGCUUUUAAUUAACUUGGAACUGGUCUCUCCAAGAUAUUUGCCUGGACCUGGAGCUUCCAUCUGUACCUCUCAUGAUUUAGAGAACAAAGUUGGCAUUUUUUGGUAUUCAGGACUCUGUAAAUAUCUGUGCUAUCUUCCCCUGCAUCCUAGCCAGGCCAGUGGGCCCUCCUGCCAGUUACCCAUCUUGGCCUCUGGACCUUUUUGUUCUUGGCUGUGCCCUCCAUUCCCUAUAGCAGUUCUUUGGUCAGAAUACUCCCUCUCUUCUUCCCCAUGCCUGCCCAGUCAGUUUUGCCAGGCUUCAGCAAGGGUUCCCAGGUGCCGGGCUGACUCCCCUGCUCCACAUGAUCAGCGCUUUCUGUGCUCCUCCAGUAGCCCUUAGUGUCAGUCACUUCGGCCAAGGAGAACGCUCAAAUCUGAUGUCUUCUUGAUCUUCCCAAGAAAACGCAGCUAUUUUGGAGUACCCUUGGCACUUCACCACAUUUCCCUGACAUAAUGGCAUGCCAGGGAACUUAGUAGGUGUUAGGUUUCCUCUUGCAAAAAUUAUUUUUGUUCAGGAUGUCUGGAUGUGACCAAACUGUGACCUCCCAGCUCUUUCUGGCUGUUAUUAGUUGCUGUCCCUUGGUGAUCAGUUUUGCUUGGGGAGAGGAAAGCAGGAAGUUUACAUGCAGGACCCGAGAUGGUGGACACCAUAUUGAGCCUAAAAAUUUUGGAGUCCACAUACUAUACUCCCCUUUUUGAGCCUCUGAAAUGUUUGCUUUUUUUUGGGGGGGGGGGGCGGGGGGCCGCGUUGCUGAAAGGAACUCAGUAGAACUUUUAAACCCUUUAAGAAAUUGCCUUGAAAAAUCCCUCACAUCAAAGGAAAUCUUGUGUUGUGGCAGCGUUUUCUUAAAGGCUCUGCAGUUUGAAACGAGUUUUUCCAGAGAGUGUGGGUACACAGCCGGAGUGGCCAGGGAGCCCCAGGAAGGCCCCUGGAUCUUGGCUCCCCGCCUUUGCAAAGGCCAUGACUGUGAAGCAGUCACUGUUUUCGUUUCGGACCUUAAUAGAGGAGCUUAUUUUUCUGCCUUCAGAUUCUUGAGCAGAAUUGUUUUUUAUGUGGGUUUGUGGCCAGUACUUGGGCCUAUUCUGGAAGUCCCAGGAGACUCUCCGGUGCCAGGAACCUAUCCAGGUGUUCCCCAUGCAAAGCAUGUGUCCUGGUUGGCCCCGUGUGCUCUCCCCCGAGCAGUCAAUUUAGGGCCUCUGCUGGCCAACAGGAGCAGAAGUCAGUCAGUGGCUAGGACACUUAGAUGUACUUGGGCAUAUCAUGUCCCAUAGUGAUCUGAAUUUCCCUGAUGGCAAAUCUCCUCUAGUGCAUAUUAUUUAAGUUGUUUUUUUUUUUUUUUUUUUUUUUUUUUAAGGAUUCCCACCCUUGUUUUUACAGAGUAACAGGCCUAUUCGUGAAAAGUGGCUUUUUUUUUGCAUGUUAUCAGUUAUCUGAGCAACCCUGCCAGCUCUUUUCUGAACCCCUUGCUGGGAAGGCUGUUUGUCAUGGCCUUGCUCAGUACAGGAAGCAGUCUCAGACACUCUGAGGUUUAAUGUAUGCAGAGUCAAGACUGCACCUCCACUCGGCUGACUGCCCUAGUCACAUGUGAAUUCCUGAAGGAUGGGAGCGUCUCUCUACAGGCACUGGGUGUGGGCGGGAGGGGGUUUCCCGAUUUGCCAGUGAAGCCAACCUCGUCCGCCAGGCCCCUUCGCUUUGGAAAUGUUCUGUGUGGAUACGUGACCGAGAGUGGGAACUGCUUCCCUCCCUGCUUGUUAGCAGAUGGCCACUGUUUGUGUGAUGUUUCAUAUUUUCAGCUUUUUGUAACUGAACUGUAAUUACUUGAUUUUAUUUUUUAAGCUUAUUUGGGUUAAUGAUAGUCUUUUUCUGCAUAAAAUGUUUUACUGAAUGCCGUCUCAAUGUAAUUUUGUACCAUUGCACAGAAACAUUUCAAAUAUUAAAGUGGCACAAUUAAAAAUAAAAUAAAAAUAAA